GCGUGACAGAGAGAGAGAGAGAUAUUUAUGUAUAUAUGUAUAUAAAAUCCUUAUCAACUCAGCGGAUACGGAUAGCGUUGUGCGUUGUGGCGAGAGAUAAGAGUAGGUACGGCUGCGUCGAGAAUAAAAGAGAGAAUCCAAUCUUUCGGAUAGGUACCUACAUGUUAUUGUAAAAUCUAUGUAUGUACGUGUAUAAAAACGGAGCAUUGGAGCAAAGCUGCACAAAAGUGGGUAAGGGUAAAAAAACGAGGCAGUGGCAGUGCGCGCUCUCUUUCUCUUCUCAAUUCUCUUCAGUAUAGUUUAAGUACAAUCCCGUUGAGGAAGACAUCACUGUUGCAGCCCAGGGGUGAUUUCUAUACGCUUCUGUCAAAACGUCAGAAUUACAAUAAUAGUAGGUGUGUAUAAUACAAGCGGUGUGUGUCGCGUGUCGAGUGUCAGCCGUUAGUUUUCCGUAUAUAAUCUUUUGUACUCGUGUCAUAUCAGUAGUUGGGCGAGCGCCAGCUCUCCCAUAAUAUAAUACUUAGCUAAGUACAGAGAAAGAGAGAGAGAGAGAGAGAGAGAGUACACAAAAAGAAGAAGGAUUACUAAGUAUACUUAUUGCCUACGCGUUUCAUAUGGUUCGUGCAAAUUGCGUUACAUUUUAAUAUUUAAGUGCUGCUGUAGUAUAAGUACAGCGUGUGCGCGGGUGAUUCACAAAACGAAGAGAAGAAAAAAUAACAGCGAGCAGAAGAUUAAGGAUGGAGCCAACUACGGAAACGUACGAGAGCGUGCUGCUGGUCAAGUCCGAGGUUUUCGUCUUCAAAAUACCGCCAAGGUCGACCAACAGGGGCUAUCGCGCCGCCGAUUGGAAUCUGCAGGAGCCCUCGUGGACUGGCAGGAUGAGACUGGUGGCUCAGGGUGACGCGGUUUGCAUAAAGCUCGAGGAUAAGGCGAGUGGUCAGCUGUUCGCCAAGUGUCCGAUCGAGACGUAUCCUGGCAUCGCCGUCGAGCCGGUCACCGACUCGUCCCGUUACUUCGUCCUUCGGAUACAGGACGACAAUGGCAGGUCUGCCUUCAUUGGUGUUGGCUUUCUCGACAGGAGCGACAGCUUCGAUCUAAACGUUGCACUCCAGGAUCAUUUCAAGUGGCUCAAGAACAAGGACCAAAUUGAAAAGGAGAAGCAACAGCCCAAGCAGGAAUUAGAUCUCAGGUUCAAGGAGGGCGAGACUAUCAAAAUCAACAUGAAAAUUACUAAAAAAGAUGGCAGCGAAGUAUCGUCAAAGACAAAGCAGCGACCGAGUACAGGCAUCGGACUUCCGCCGCCUCCCGGUGGGGUAAAAAUCGCCCCGCCACCAGCAAAAACACCUACAAUGUCACCCGCGCACAAGCCUACACAGAAUCCACAAAAUCAUAGUGGAACAGGUUCCGAAUGGGGCGAAUUUGCAAGUGCGUCGCAACAGCAACAGCAGCAGCAGCAGCAGCAGCAGCAGCAACAACAGAAUACAUCAGCAGCUCCCGCGUCCGCGACGAAUGCCAGUUGGGUGCAAUUUUAAUAGAUGUUUAAAUUACAAUUAGCUGCAGCAUAGAUUCUUGAUUUCUGUAUGUAUAAUUUAUACAUAAAUAUAUUUAUAUAUAAAUAUAUAUUUGAAAAAUAGCGAUGUUAAGCACAUAUAUAUUAUAUGCUCUUAUAUGGGUGUGAAGCGCGUUACGGUGGGAUACUGAAAAAUGAAAAAGUGUGGAUGCAUGGUCCUUAAGAUUGUCGAUAUUUUAGUUUAGUUGAUAAAUGAAUGUUAAGAGAUGGAGAAAAAAGACAAAUUAUAAUGUCGCAUUUACAGUAAAUAAGAGCUAGACGUAAAUCCCUGUUUUCCUUUUUAUGUACUAGAUUUUUAAUUACAGUAUUAGCAUGAACUUUUUGUAUGACGUUCACUGUGUUUCGUAUGUUUUGUGAAUUCAACUCUUGCGUGAUGGGGAGAAGAAUUUUCUCAACCAAUGUUAGAUAAGUAUACCUUUCAAGUUUGUAAAUAUUGUUGAUCUACGAAAAUGAAGUAUAUUAUACUAGAGAAUCAUUAGGCCUACAUAGAUAAAAAAAUAAAAAAAUAAAAGAUA